AUGAGUCGGUUCGCCGUCCUGCACACGGGCCAGAAGAUGCCGCUGCUGGGCCUGGGCACGUGGAAGAGCCCGCCGGGCAAGGUGAAAGAGGCGGUGCUGUCGGCCUUGGAGGCGGGCUACCGCCACAUCGACUGCGCCGCCGUCUACGGAAACGAGGCGGAGAUCGGACAAGCGUUCCGAGAGGCCUUCGACCGACCCGACGUGAGUGGGUUUCAUUCAAAUCAAAACUCUUUUGCGUCCCGUCUCGCAUUUGAGGGCGUGCGACGCGAGGACGUCUUCGUCACUUCCAAACUGUGGAACACUCGUCACCACCCCAAGGACGUGGAGCCCGCCCUCCGGCGAACCCUGAGCGAUCUCCGGCUGGACUACGUCGACCUCUACCUUAUUCACUGGCCCUACGCUUUCCGGCGCGGCGAGGAGGCCUUCCCUCGGAGCGAGGACGGCUCGUUGCUCUACGAUCAAGUGGACUACGUGGCCACCUGGGGCGCCAUGGAGAAGCUGGUAAGCGCCGGGCUGGCGCGAGCCGUCGGACUCUCCAACUUCAACAGCCGCCAGCUGGACCGCGUCGUCCAGGCCGCCCGCUCCGUCAAGCCCGCCGUCCUACAGGUGGAGAGCCACCCGUACCUGGCGCAGACGGAGCUGCUGGCGCACUGCCGCUCGCGGGGCGUGGCCUUGACAGCCUACAGCCCGCUGGGCUCGCCCGACCGGGCCUGGAAGCGCCCCGACGAGCCCGCGCUUCUCGACGAGCCCCUGCUGGCCGCGCUGGCCGGCAAAUACGGAAAGUCGCCGGCGCAGAUCCUCCUCAGGUGGCAGACGCAGCGCGGCGUGGCGGCGAUUCCCAAGAGUGUCACCCCCUCGCGCAUCCGCGAAAACUUCCAAGUAUUUGACUUCAGCCUGUCGCCGGACGAGAUGAGCGACGUGACGGCGCUGGACAAAAAGUGGCGCUACAUCCUGCCCGUCGUCCAAGUGGACGGCCGCUUUGUUCCUCGGGACGCCGGCCACCCCGACUACCCCUUCGGCGACCCCUUCUGA